ACACAAUAUUGAGGGGAAAGGUUUAGUCAUUAAAUCUGAACUUGAGCAGACAGGACAGACAAUAACAAAAGAAUUAGUGAUGAAAGAAGCAGAAUUUGAACAGACGGGACAGAAAGUAAAAAUGAUUUGGUGAUGAAAGAAGCAGAAUUUGAGCAGACAGGACAGAAAAUAAGAAAUGAUUUGGUUACGAAGGAAGCCGAACUCAAACAGACAGGUCAGAAAGUAAUAAAAGAAUUGGUGAUGAAAGGAGCAGAUCUCGAGCAGACAGGACAGAAAAUAAGACAGGAAUUGGUGAUAAAAGAAGCAGAACUCCAGCAGACAGGACAGCAAAUUAAAAAGGAAUUGUUGAAUACAGAAAAUGAGUCAAAAACGAAAAUUGAACAGAAAGGAAUUGAGAUCGAAAAGCAGCUGACAAGAAAAGAGGAUGAAGCGAAAGAAAAAAUAGAGCAGAAACUUGAAGAAUCAAAGCAGCAGUUAGAGAUACACAAAAGAACAAUCGAAGGGUCAAUGAUGAGUACCGCUGAGACUAGAAAUGAAUCUGUGACUAGCGAGGAAAAAACAGACUUGCAGAUGAAACUGGUCAAACUAUAUGAAAUACACGUUAGAAAGAUUGCUCCGCUGCCCCGCCUACAUAAAGAUCGAAGGAAUGUAAGUGAAAGGUAUGUUCCUCCCUGGAUGACUGUAGAAGUAAAGAAAGAAGCGUCUGAUGGAAAACAUGAAGAGUCUAAUGAAUGGGAAGAAGUUAAGAUUUCAAUGGACGAAAUAUUCAGAAAUAAAGAAAGGUCCGCAAAAAAUAUCUACGUAAUCGGAGAAGCUGGCACAGGGAAAACCACGUUUUGUAAAAUGCUGGUGCAUUUCUGGGUUAUCGCUCAUCAGUAUCAGGAAUACAGUUUAGACGUGUCUGACAUAGUGAAAGAAAUGAAACACUUUAAAUUCUUAUUUUAUAUUUCACUUCGACACUUUUCUGACUGUGACAGUAUAGAAAAUAUGUUAAAGAAAUCUUACAGUGAUCCUGCGCUUAGAGAUAUUUUACGAAAUGAUUCCGGUGCAUGUCUUAUAAUUCUUGACGGUCUCGACGAAUGGGACCCAGAAAGAAAACAUAUUUCACAGUUUCUUACCCCAGGACUUCCAGGACGUGAGCUCGAUACGGACUAUACUACUAUUACAACUUCAAGACAAUGGAAAUUUGAUGCUCUGCCACUAAGUUGUAUUGAGGUAGAUAAAAAAAUCAAACUAAAUGGAAUUGAUAAAUAUGAAAUAAGAAAUUUCACUAAGAAAACAGUCGAAACAUUAAAUGACAUCUAUCAAAAAAGUAAAAAUGCAGAGGAGUGUAUAACUGAUCUUCGAAGUAGACAAGUGUCCGACAUUAGCCAUACACCAUUGGUCUUGCAACAACUUAUUUCUCUAUGGUUUCAUAAUAAACUCAAAAAUAAUUCGAAGUGUGCUAUAUACAGAAGUAUGUUAGACCUCUUUCUAGAGUGGAAAACACUUGGGACUUCUGAAAGUCAAGACCAACUGUAUGCUAUCAAUACCACCAGUAGAAAUACACGGGCGAUACAGUACCUUUCAUAUUUAGCGUACGAAACCUUGUUUGACAAAAAUAAAGAAACCACACUGACGUUCAGUAGUUCAACACUUACCCAGUUGAACAUACCAAGUGAUGUGAUAAAGGACUGUUUGGCCAGUGGCAUUUUAAAAGAAGAGCGAAACGUAAGUUUGACUGAAAGUAUACAAUCAUCGAUUUCCUUUUUUCACAAAUCAAUGCAAGAAUAUCUAGCUGCAGUGUAUAUAGCUAGUCAGUUCAGAGAAAUGCUAAAAUCGCAGAAGGAUGAACAUGAUCUUACAGAUGUCUGCGAAAAGUGCGUAAGGAAAUACUUCGGUAGUUGCAAAACAGUUGUUGAUAUUUUAGAACAGUCAAACGUGUUAAUUAUACUUUGUGGAUUAGAACGACGUUUGUUGACAAAUAUAAGUGAAUAUUUCUAUAACGUAACAAUUGUUGACAAAAUGGUGGUUAAGGAAAGAAAUAAAGAAACUCUGGGUCCUUUUCAAAUGAGUCUAGAUCAUCAUACAUUGAUCAAUGAUAUUCAAGCGUGCAUUUUAAAGUGCAUUGAAGAAGUGAUGUCGAUUACAAAAAAUGAUAGAUUACGUGUUUAUAUUGCCGAUCUUUACGUUGACCCUUCAACGGAUUUGCUACGUUAUGGUCAUAAUAUUGUUUUGAAAAAUGUUCUAUCUAUAGAAAUAGUAGACAGUAAAUACAGCAGGAUAGUAUGUUAUGAGAAAGAUGAUUAUAAAGAAAUAUUUUAUUGUGCCGUGAAACAUUUAGUAAAAUGUGAUCAAUUUAAGGUAAUUAAAUUUACAUUUUAUAAGGAUACUGACGAGAGGAUUAAAAAUGAAGUUUUUACAAUACUUGAGACAAAUGCUCGCACGCUUGAAAUUAUCCAUUUGAGAAAUACAGACUAUGAUAUUAUAAUGAUGACACGUCUUGUUUCAAUAUUACCGAAAAUGCGACAAUUAAUUUCCCUCCAGGCGGGCUCUGAGCCCUAUGUAAAUGAUUUAACGCAUGAUGAUAGUGUGUCGUUGUGUAAAUUCCUAGAGCAGACUACAAGUCUUCAACAUAUAUCGCUCGGUAUUUAUUGUAGUAAACGCGAUAAACACAUGAUAGACCUAUCAAAACAUAAACAACUUCAACAUGUUGAUUUUAUGUUUAGUUCAUUGUGUAUGAUCAGUUGUAACACUGACAAUCUAGAAACAUGUAAGCUUAGAAUUACAGGUAAUGACAUGAUGAAUCAAGUGUGUUGCAAUCUAUAUAAAGCAGAUAAAUUAAAACAUCUUGAGCUGUAUAAUAUUUCUAUCUGCUCUGACGAAACUGAUACUAAAAGUCUUACCAGACUGCUGCCAUCAUUAGUCAGUCUCAGUUCUCUAACGUUUGUGAAGUUUACUUUUACUGACAAUAUUAUAGCACGUCCGUGUGAUAUGAAGAAUCUGAAAGAAAUAACACUUAAAUAUGUAACAAUGAGUCUGACAACGUGGUGCAAGUUUAUAGACAGUCUUCCUGAGCUGCCACAAGUAGUAAAGGUAACUUCUUUGAUGUGCAUUAGAGAUGAGACAAUAUCUGGAUACUGUAUGCCUGAUGAAAAACAAAAAGCAUCUGCACACCAGUAUGUUAGAGAGAAAACGAAUUUAUUCCGUGUGACAAACGAUUAUACAUUAGACUUUCAAUUUACUACAAAGAAAUUGUGA